AAAACAAAGAUGGCGUCGUUUUCUGACGUCGACAUCCGAAUUUGUGGUCAAGAAAUCAUCAAAUAUGACUUAGAGAUAAAAGCUCUUAUUCAGGACAUUCGAGAAUGCUCAGGACCACAAAGUGUGCUCAUGGAUUUGAAUGCAAGUGUCAAGGAGAAGUUCGCUCAGCUUAGGCAACGUAUUCAGAACAUGGAACAAAUGGGCAAGGAGCAAGACAGAGAGACAGACAAGCGGGAAAUCUUAAACGACGUCGAGGGACAUCGCAAACAGAUGCUCAGUAACCAGACAGCGUGGCGAAGGGCCAACCUGGCGUGUAAACAGUCCAUCGACAACCUGGAGAAAGAUGAGCUGCUUCAGGGAGGAGACUCGACCGUAAAGCUCAGGAAGUCGACUAAAGAGAACCUGGUCCAGACGUCCAGUGACAUCACAGAGAGUCUGAUGAGCAUCAGCCGCAUGAUGGCCCAGCAGGUCAAACAGAGCGAGGAAACCAUCGGAACUCUGGCUGCGUCGUCACGGACGGUUCUGGAAACGAACGAAGAGUUUAAGUCAAUGAACGGGACCAUUCACUUAGGACGCAAGCUCAUCCUGAAAUACAACCGACGCGAGCUAACAGACAAACUGCUCAUCUUCCUGGCUCUCGCUCUCUUCCUGGCCACUGUUCUGUACAUCCUAAAGAAACGACUCCUCCCCUCCAUUUAAAGGAGAAUCGAUAUAUAUCGAUUUUUUUCCACCUACCAGAUGAAAGAAACCCCCAAACAAUCGCACACUCUCCGAAGGUUUCAGACGAACCGUAUCGUUUGUGAAGUACAAAAUGAGACGUGUUUGUAUGUCUAUAA